UAAAACAAAAUUUGAUAUUAUAAAAAUUAAUACAUUUUACGUUGGUACUACAAUUUUAAAUAUUUUAUUUGAGUCGAUAUACAUAUGAAAUACACAUCUGGUAACGUCGUAUACAUUUUAAGAUUCUAGGAGAAGGAAAGUUGGUAUAGAAAUAAAGUCUUUUAUAUUGUACAUAAAACUUUUACGAUCUCUUUUUUUGAGCGGCAGAAGAAUUCUUUCGUGCAGUCAAGAGAAACAGAAAAUAUAGCAUAAUAUGUAUAAUGUAACAUAUAUAUGAGAUAUACACUAUUAUUAGAAAUACUCACAAAUUACUGUAAGAUUAAAUGUAUUGUGUACGUAUUUAUGUAUUUAAAAAUAUAACUUUGUAUGGUCAUAUACAUUAAUUGUUAUCAUUAUUGUAUCCCAUUUUAGCAAGUCUGAAAUUAUCCUAAGAUUUUCUAAAAAAUUUACAAAUUUACAAAUUUGAUUUUAAGGUAAUUAAAGAAUUCAUGAAUGAAGAAGAGCAUAAGAAGUUAUAUGCACUAGAAAAAGAUUUCUUCCGAUAAACAUUUUGAAGAAGAGCGUAAGAAUCUAUAUGCACUAAAAGAUUUCUUCCGAUAAACAUUUUGACUCCGAUCGGCGAUAAACGUAAGAGAUAUGAUAUCUACAAUGUGAUAAAAAGAUACGACGACGACCAUUUGAUAGAAAAUUCUUCGUGUGGCGACUUCAUAAUAGCGCGCAGAAGCUUUCGCGAAGGUACCUGUGAAUAAUACUCGAAGUUAAAAUGCAUAGCAUGUCAUUUCAUGGUGGCCUUCAGGAAACUAUUUUGUUUAACGGUUGGCGCGUGAAUGACGCGCAAGGAAUGAUCGGUUCCGCAAUCGGCAUCAUUCUUUUAACCGCAUUUUACGAAGGGCUGAAGUCUUAUCGUGAAUAUCUCUUCGCGCGCACGACGUUCCUCAGGAAGAACCAGAAGAAGAAAUCGAGAAACGCACUGUUGUUCUCUGGAGUGCAUUUCUUUCAAACGCUUCUGCACGUGAUCCAAGUGGUGCUCGGCUAUUUUCUCAUGUUUAUUUUUAUGACGUACAACUAUUGGCUCUGCAUCGCCAUUGGAGUCGGGACAGCUCUCGGUUAUUGGUUAUUCGCGUGGGAGAAAGCUAAUAAUGAUAAUACGGACUGUUGCUCGUAAAUGUAUCUUUGGAAAAUUAAGAUCAAUGAGUUUUUAAUGACGCGUUUCUUUAUAAGACAUUGAUUAACGAUUUAUUAUUAUUAUAUGUUAUUUCUGUGUAUGUGUAUCAGUAUUAUAUCUUCUGUAAUUAAUCAGUACAACUUUUUAUCACUUUUUUGUCCAGUCAAAAAAUACAAUAAUUGUAGCUUUCCAUACAAUUUUACUAACUAGUAAAUAUUUCGCAAAAAAUAAUGAUGUGUAUCCGAUUGCAGACAGAUUAAUGCACAUAUUAUUUUUAAAUAUUUUAAUAGAUAAGCGCAUCUGUCGCCACAAGAUAGCUAAUUCUUGCUAUCUUAAUCAAUACAAUCUCAGAAUUGGACAUUGUUGUUCAUAACAUGUUAUCUAAUCUAAUCGAAUGAUGUGCUUCAUUACGUAUAAGAGGAAACGAUCGUCUCGCUCGGUGCUUAUCGGGCUACGUGAGUCAGUUGUUGGAGUCGUACAAUUCGUCAUUCGUCGAAGAACACAAGAUUGCUAGACACGAUGGCGGACAAUCGGAGUCGCACUGCAAUUUACUGCUCGGAAUCCAAUGAACGUGUACAUCAAUUUAUUUCGAUCCGUCAGCUCAUUUUUGGAUGGGAUAUAUUUAAUUUCGUAACGUGGAUGUUGCUAUUAGCACUCUUCUGCAUUUGGAGCACAGUGUUUUUUUGCACCUAUGAAGUACAAUCGGAAGACGCUAACAACGAACAUCAUUAACAAGAAUAUGCAAAAGAAUAUCAUCACUAACAAAAUCGUUACUAAAAACUAUAACGGAACAGAUAUCAAGACUGAAUCAUCAAAUUUUUGCAGUUUGGUGAAUAAUGUAACGAAAAGGUUGUGUAAACUAAAUAAUAAUUACUUAGGAGGAAGACAUCAUUUUUGUAAAAGUAAAUUAUCCUGAAAAAUGUAUUUUCAUUUUACAUAUCUGCAAUAAACACGAAGAUAAAAACUUUAUCGCCAGAA